GUGUGCACCAAUCGAUCCGAUCCGGGCCGGGUCGGGCCGAACCGCCGUGGGAGGGGGAGGGGUGGGAGGGGGAGCACCGGCCCCGCACCUGCCGAGCGAAGGGUCUCCGCCGCCACCCCCCCAUAACCCCCCCCCACCCCCUUUACCUUCCCCUUUACCCCCCACCUGCCCGGGUGCCGCACCCUCCGAGCCCUCCCUCGGGCCUUUGUCCUGCCGCGAGGCCUCGCCACCUCCGCCGGCCUCGGCGUGCCGCGCUCGGGCGAGGCUUCUACGCGAGGCCGGGGAUUCGCGGCCUGCUCCAUCCCCGCUCCAUCCCCGCAGCGCACCCAGGGGCUCAUCCCCAUCUUCCGCCCCUACUUUCCAUCCCCCUCAUCCCCCCCCCACACCCUGUGCCGCCGUCUCUCCCUUCCCCUCCACCCUCUUCUCCUCCGGGCACCCGCAGCGGCUGCUCACGAGAGGCCGCGGAGCCGCCCCUGGCCUCCCCCUCCCGCCCGUGCAGCCGCUGCCGCCGCCGCCGCAGCAGGUUCCCUCCCUCCCUCCUCCUCCUCCUCCUCCUCCUCCUCCUGCCCCCGGCGGCGGCGGCGGGAUCCGAGCGGUGCCCGGGGAACGUCGGGCCCGGGCGGCGGCACGAGCAGCAGCGCCAGCAGCAGAAAUGAUGGAAGAAUUGCAUAGCCUGGACCCACGAAGGCAGGAACUACUGGAGGCCAGGUUCACCGGCGUUGGUGUUGCUAAGGUUGGUGCUUCAAAUUCCCUCCCCACCCCCCCAAGUCUCCGUCCGUCAUGCUCCGCACUGGCAUUGGGUCCAUUAAAUAGUGAGUCUUCCAACCAGAGCUUAUGCAGCGUGGGUUCUCUCAGUGAUAAAGAACUGGAGACUCCUGAGAAAAAACAGAAUGACCAGCGGAAUAGAAAAAGGAAAGCAGAAGCAUAUGAGACCAGUCAAGGAAAAGGCACUCCUAGAGGACAUAAAAUUAGUGACUAUUUUGAGUUUGCUGGGGGAAGCGGCCCAGGAACCAGUCCUGGUAGAAGCGUGCCACCAGUUGCCAGAUCAUCACCGCAGCAUUCCUUAUCCAACCCCUUACCACGGCGAGUGGAGCAGCCGCUGUAUGGGGUAGACGGCAGCACAGCAAAGGAACCACAGGAGGAUCACUCUGCUCUGCCAACGCUGAUGUCGGUGAUGCUGGCGAAACAGCGGCUAGAGAAUGAGCAGCUGGCACAGAGGGGAGGUGGCCUCUGCUUUACUUUUGUCUCGGCCCAGCAAGGCAGCCCAUCUUCUACGGGAUCAGGGAACACUGAGCAUUCCUGCACUUCCCAAAAACAGAUUUCCAUCCAGCACAAACAGUCACAGUCGGACCUCACAAUGGAAAAAAUAUCUGCACUAGAAAACAGUAAGAACUCUGACUUGGAGAAGAAGGAAGGGAGGAUAGAUGACUUACUAAGAGCCAACUGCGAUUUGAGACGGCAGAUAGAUGAACAACAAAAGAUGCUGGAGAAGUACAAGGAGCGGUUGAAUAGAUGUGUAACAAUGAGCAAGAAGCUCCUUAUAGAAAAGUCAAAACAGGAGAAGAUGGCGUGCAGAGAUAAGAGCAUGCAGGAUCGAUUGAGGCUGGGUCACUUCACUACGGUUCGGCACGGGGCGUCCUUCACCGAGCAGUGGACAGAUGGUUAUGCCUUCCAGAACCUCAUCAAGCAACAGGAAAGGAUAAAUUCCCAGCGGGAAGAAAUAGAAAGGCAACGAAAAAUGUUAGCAAAACGGAAGCCACCUGCAAUGGGACAGACCCCCCCAGCAAGCAAUGAGCAGAAGCAACGCAAGAACAAGACCAAUGGAGCAGAAAAUGAAACGUUAACGCUAGCAGAAUACCAUGAACAGGAAGAAAUCUUCAAACUCCGACUGGGUCAUCUGAAAAAGGAAGAAGCAGAGAUCCAGGCGGAGCUGGAACGGCUAGAGAGGGUUAGAAAUCUACAUAUCAGGGAAUUGAAAAGGAUACACAAUGAAGAUAACUCACAAUUUAAAGACCAUCCAACGCUAAACGAUAGAUACUUGUUGCUACAUCUUCUGGGUCGAGGAGGCUUCAGUGAAGUAUAUAAGGCAUUUGAUUUAACAGAACAGAGAUACGUAGCUGUGAAGAUUCACCAGCUUAACAAAAGCUGGAGGGAUGAAAAGAAAGAAAACUACCACAAACAUGCAUGUAGAGAGUACAGAAUUCACAAAGAACUGGAUCAUCCUCGAAUAGUUAAGCUAUAUGACUACUUUUCACUGGAUACUGACUCGUUUUGUACAGUGUUAGAAUACUGUGAGGGAAACGAUCUGGACUUCUACCUGAAACAGCACAAGUUGAUGUCGGAGAAAGAGGCACGAUCCAUUAUCAUGCAGAUUGUGAAUGCUUUAAAAUACUUAAAUGAAAUCAAACCUCCCAUCAUACACUAUGACCUUAAACCAGGUAACAUUCUUCUAGUUAAUGGUACUGCAUGUGGAGAGAUAAAAAUCACAGAUUUUGGGCUUUCCAAAAUCAUGGAUGAUGACAGCUACAACUCUGUUGAUGGCAUGGAGCUGACAUCGCAGGGGGCUGGUACUUACUGGUAUUUGCCACCAGAAUGUUUCGUGGUUGGGAAAGAACCUCCAAAGAUUUCUAAUAAGGUUGAUGUAUGGUCAGUUGGAGUAAUCUUUUUCCAGUGUCUCUAUGGCAGAAAGCCCUUUGGCCACAACCAGUCACAACAAGAUAUUCUGCAGGAGAACACAAUUCUGAAAGCUACCGAGGUGCAGUUCCCUCCAAAGCCAGUAGUCACACCAGAAGCAAAGGCAUUUAUCAGGCGUUGUUUGGCCUACCGAAAGGAGGAUCGGAUAGAUGUCCAGCAGCUGGCCUGUGACCCAUACUUGCUGCCUCACAUCCGCAAAUCUGUAUCCACCAGCAGCCCAGCUGGAGCUGCAAUUGCAUCAACCUCUGGAUCAUCCAAUAACAGCUCUUCAAACUGACACAGAGUAAUAGGCCAAAAACUGCUUGAGGAAUCGGCAAGAAGACUUUCAGAAACGGCUUUGGAGUAGAGGAAUCCGCAAGGGUCUUGAGAAACCUGUACCAGGUGCUUUUUUUCUCUUGCUUUUUUCCAUCCAUAGAGCAUGACAACAUCUAAUCUCAUCAAGAAAACCUUCAGCAUCUAGGCCAAGCCAUGUGGAUUAGGAGGUGGCUUGAGGUUUGUCCAGCAAAUGACCACAAAGCGUGGCUACUCUGAACAAGGAGGGGGAAACUCAAGAAAAUAUGAAAAAUAAAAAGACAUGGUUCCACGUACUGUGAACUUCUGAACGUGCAGCCUUGGAGAAUCCAGAACGCCGUGUGUGCUUCAUAUGAAGAAUGUGGACUUUGGAAAAAAAGACUGGUCGAGUCCAGUGUUGAUAUUUAAACAUUGUUCUUUUUUCUUUUAAUAAAGUUUAGGUAACAUCUCCUGAAAAGCUCGAAGCACCAAGGUUCAGCUGGGGAUGGUAUAUGACUCUUUGCCCUUUGGAGGGGAAAAAAGUUGAUCCUGCCUGUUCAUGGCACUAGCGUUAGUGUUUUACCCCUAAUUAAUUUCAGUUUUUUUUUAAAAAAAUAACAAUUUUUUGGAAGAAAACAGUUUUCUGGUCUCAAAGUGAAACCCGUAUUAACAGCUUCGUGGCAUCCUGCAGGUGGUACAGCUUUCUGCUCCCUUGGGGAUGGCCUCUUGCAAAUAACUCACCUUCUCAGGAGAGCGGUGAAUCUCAUAGGCAGGCCUGCAUGGAUCUCCUGUGCUCAGAGUGGAUUAUAAUUCAGACUGCCACCAGGUUUUCAGCUGCUGCUUCAUCGCUCUCUCAACGGUUGCACCUUUUUAAUUUAUUUGAAGUGCUGUUCUUUCUGAAAACACACCCUGACAUGCUCACGACGUGCUCUUGUGAGCAUGAUAUCUGCUGGCUGUUGAGGAGGCAGGCAGAGAACAGGAAAGAAUUGGAGCACAGCACAGUUGAUCGCGGGUGUAAUCUGUGCUCGCGCAGUACUGUACAUAUCUCAUUAAUGUUACAGAAAUCCAAAGCUGAAGAAAGGCUUGUCUUGUUCUUCUCACUUAGGUGACUUGGCAGGAAAGCUUCCUCUCUCCCUUAGCGUUUUCCUUUUAAAACUUGCUGACUUUUCUAACUUGCUGCCCUCGCUGCACCACUCGGCAAACGGAGGGGAAGGAGAUAAUGUUGUAGAAGGGAACCAAUAGCCUCGUUAUUUCUGUCACCCUUCUGUAAUCUGCCUGGAGGGAGCUCGCACCUCCAGCUGGAAUCUGAUGGGAAACAUCAGCCCGUUGUCCCCACCGUGCCCCCUUCCCCCCCUGCAUUGAAGGAGGACUGAAAACACCCACUGAAAAGUGCAGCGCUUGAACAUGUGGCAGCCAGCUUGGAGAGUUCCUGACAUGUGGCAGCAGUCCCUGGCCAGGAAAAUUUAAAGAUGCAGUGUUCAAGAAUGAAGUUUUUCAUGGGAAAGAAGCAGUGCCGCUACUGCCUUGUUUAAAGAACAGGUGAUCCCAUGCACGCUUCCUAUCCUGAUACCCAGACCAGUGUGUUGUGGGUUAUUGCAUGGCACCUCUGGGUCCUGCAGCUCCAGCUGUGUGGGGCACACAGGACCUGCAUGAUGUUCUUAUGGCAAUCUAUGCUCUCAGCCUUGCACUUACUGAGGGAACUCGCAUUCACCUGCCUUAUGGAAGCCAUAACAAGUGUUAUUUGUUCAGGAUCUCGUGUUAAACUGAAAGGAAAAGAUGAAUAAUUAAUCAAAUUGAUCUGGGAAGCACAGAACCGUGCUUUGAUUUUUAUUGCGGCUGUGUGAAGGUGGUCUCUAAACUGUAGUGUUUUGAAACUAGAGGAAAUACUGCAUCUUUAAAUGCUCGGCCAUCGUUUUGUGGCCCUUUUAUCCUUGCUGGUCUGUUCCAGAAAUAACUGCUCAGCCAGCAGCAAUUCCAUGGAUCUGUCAGGCAAAAUCAGGGCUGAUGCUUCAUCCUGUUUGCUGCUAUGGCUGAUCUGGUAUCUAUCCACAGUGGGGAGGAUUCUAAAAGGGUUUUUUUUUAUAUCCCAGCCCCGUUGUUUCUUGGCCAUACAGUUGUGUGCUAUCUCUGUGGGUGUGAGUAGUUUUGUGUUAUUCCUGCUGUGUGACACCCAUUCAGGGGCCUGGGGACGGCGUUGGCCUUUUCUGGGGCUGAAAGCAGUGAAGAACCCUGGUAGAAUUCUAGCUGCAAACACCUUGUUAAUACGGGUUUCACUUCCGAUAACAGACCCUAUUGCCACACUGUUCAUUUACUUAAAGAGAAGUGUAUGAAGAAUUUGUAACUUAAACCAGGCCAGACUGUUUUGGCUCUACCCAACAGAUGAGACAUGGAUAUUAAAAUAAGUUUUAAGAAACUGA